CGGUGACCUCUUUAUCAGUUAGUAAGAUUCCCUUUCUUGAGACAGUCACAUAAUGUGUUAAAUAAGUUACUUAAUUAUAAUUAAGUUAUUGAAAAUCGCAACCAUGCAUAGGUUUUUGAAGACGACGAGGCAGGGCAGCCUACAGUCAGCAUUCAAGGGAAUCAAGGGUAGAUUAUUAAAGGAUGGAGCUCGAAGUGUUUCAAGUCAGGGUUCAGGGAAGGAAAACCUCUUUCCCUCAAGAGAAGACUUCCCAAGUCGCCACAUUGGACCCAGGGACCAUGAUAUUGUCAAAAUGUUGGAUUUACUUGGAUACAAGAGCUUGGAUCAGCUGACGAACGAAGCGGUGCCGAAGACCAUUCAAUUCAAGGGUCUUAUGAACAUCACUGAACCUUUAAGUGAAUACGAGUUGAUAGAGCGAGCGCGAGAGAUCGCCGAGAAGAACCAGACAUGGCGCUCGUACAUCGGCAUGGGCUACCACAACUGCUGCGUGCCGCACACCAUCAUGCGCAACAUGUUCGAGAACCCCGGCUGGACAACCCAAUACACUCCGUACCAGCCAGAGGUGGCUCAGGGUCGGCUGGAGGGUCUCCUCAACUACCAGACCAUGGUCAGUGACCUCACCGGUCUGGACGUGGCCAACGCGUCGUUGCUGGACGAGGGUACUGCUGCUGCUGAAGCCCUGUCCUUGUGUCAUAGACACAACAAGAGGAAGAAGUUCGUGGUAUCAGAGCGCAUCCACCCACAAACCCUGUCGGUAGUGACCACACGUCUAGACGCACUGGGUCUAGAUGUGUUGGUGUUGCCUGAUGUUAGAGAGGCGGACUUCGAGCAGAGAGACAUUUCUGCUGUACUGCUCCAGUGCCCUGAUACUAGGGGCUUGGUGUAUGACUACUCUAGCUUGGCUGCUACGGCUCAGGAACAUGGGACGCUAGUAGUGGUAGCAACAGACCUGCUAGCCAUGGCCCUACUACGCCCACCAGCGGAGUGCGGCGCGGCGCUCGCAGUAGGCACGUCCCAGAGGCUUGGGGUGCCGCUGGGAUACGGAGGCCCACAUGCAGGGUUCUUCGCGGCGGAACAUGCGCUGGUGCGGCUGAUGCCUGGACGCAUGGUGGGGGUGACUAGAGAUGCUACUGGCAGAGAUGCUUAUAGGUUAGCACUGCAAACGCGUGAGCAGCACAUUCGCCGUGACAAGGCCACGUCCAACAUUUGCACGGCGCAAGCUCUCCUCGCCAACAUAUCCGCUAUGUACGGAGUGUACCAUGGACCACAGGGGUUGAGGGACAUCGCUACCAGAGUCCACAAUGCCACUUUAGUUCUGGAUCAUGGAAUCAGAAAGCGCGGCCACAAACAGUCGAACGAAGUGUUCUUCGACACCCUUCACGUCGUCCCCUCAUCGAGCCACGACGCGGCCGCCAUCAAGGCUCGUGCGCAGGAGAAACAGAUCAACUUGCGAUACUUCGACGAUGGGGCAGUGGGAGUGGCACUGGACGAGACCACUACCAUGCAGGAUGUUGAUGACUUGCUGUGGAUCUUUGACAGUCAGAAGAUUGAUGAGGUACUUAAAGACGACGACGUGACAAGCAAGAGCGUAGUAAAAGGCCCGUUCAGACGCACCUCCCCGUACCUCACGCACCCGGUGUUCAACAUGCACCACUCGGAGACUCGCAUCGUGAGGUACAUGAAGCGGCUGGAGAACAAGGAUAUCUCGCUCGUGCAUUCUAUGAUUCCUUUGGGCUCCUGCACAAUGAAGCUCAACUCGACCACGGAGAUGAUGCCGUGUUCGUUCAAGCACUUCACGGACAUCCACCCGUUCGCGCCGCUGGAGCAGUGCGAGGGGUACCACAAGCUGUUCCAGGAGCUCGCCCACGACCUCUGCGCUAUUACCGGCUACGAUCGUGUGUCCUUCCAGCCUAACAGCGGAGCGCAAGGCGAGUACGCCGGCCUCCGCACCAUCAAACGAUACCACGAGUUCCGCGGCGACACGGGCCGCAACAUCUGCCUGAUCCCGGUGAGCGCGCACGGCACCAACCCCGCGUCCGCGCACAUGGCCGGCAUGCGCGUGUGCGCCAUCCGCGUCACGCCCUCCGGCGGGAUCGACAUGGCGCACUUGAAGGAUAUGGUAGAAGAGCACAGCAAGAACAUUUCCUGCCUCAUGCUGACGUACCCCAGCACAUACGGGGUGUUUGAAGAAGGAGCAGCGGAUGUCUGCGAGCUGGUGCACAAACACGGCGGUCAGGUGUACCUGGACGGGGCUAACAUGAACGCACAGGUCGGUCUGUGCAGGCCUGGAGACUACGGCAGUGACGUGUCGCAUUUGAACCUGCACAAGACAUUCUGCAUCCCCCACGGAGGUGGCGGCCCCGGCAUGGGUCCUAUUGGAGUGAAAGCCCACUUAGCCCCAUUCCUGCCAUCCCACCCGGUGGUGGACCCACUGGCGGACCUCGGCGAUGAAGCGCACAGCUUCGGCUCCGUCAGCGCCGCGCCCUUCGGAUCCUCGGCCAUCCUGCCCAUCUCCUGGGCUUAUAUUAAAAUGAUGGGCCCUAAAGGCCUGAGACGAGCGACGCAAGUGGCGAUCCUGAACGCGAAUUACAUGUCUAAGAAACUGGACGGUCAUUACAAGACUCUGUACAAGGGAGAACGAGGCCUGGUGGCGCACGAGUUCAUUAUUGACAUCCGAGACAUGAAGAAGACUGCCAACAUUGAGCCUGGUGACAUUGCUAAGAGACUCAUGGAUUAUGGAUUCCACGCACCCACGAUGUCGUGGCCCGUAGCCGGCACCCUUAUGAUUGAGCCCACAGAGUCAGAAGACCUUCAGGAGCUGGACCGUUUCUGCGAAGCGCUCAUCUCUAUCAGGAAGGAAAUCAAGGAAAUUGAGGACGGAACCAUGGACAAGAGAAUUAACCCACUGAAGAUGGCCCCUCACACCCAAGAAGUUGUGAUAUCUGAAGAAUGGAACAGGCCAUACAGCCGGGAGCAAGCUGCUUUCCCUGCGACAUUCGUCAAAGGAGAGACCAAGAUUUGGCCAACAGUUGGCCGAAUCGAUGACCAGUACGGAGACAAGCACCUCGUCUGCACAUGCCCACCUGUCCUCGACGACUUCUAAACGCAUUUACUAUUUUUAAGUUAAUUUAUAAUAAUAAUUAUUACCUAUUACGGAAAUUGAAACUUCAUUCCGUUGCUUUGUAAAACAAUAUUGUUUCGUAUCUAAUUUUAAGCUAAGCAAAGAGAUAAAAUAAACAAAUUUGCACUUGUAUAUUUUAUUAAUAUCGUCGUAGAAUAAAUAUUUAAUUCUAACAACA